UCAAAGUCUGUCUUCACUUUUGCUUUUGUUGCUUAACAGGCUCUGAUCCUCCCGGCUCUAAGGACACACACAGUGCAGGCGAGCAGCCGGCCGCUAGAGGAUCUCUGACUCUUUCCGCAGAACUGAGGGUUGAAGUCAAGACGCAAAAUGGUGGCCUCUUCUCUCGCCGUCCUGCGGGGAAGCAGGCUGUGCCGAUACGGCUGGAAGAGCUGGGCGUGGCUGUCAGGGCCUCUGCCGCUCGGCCCGGGUGGCCGGACGACGUGGGCGCGGGCGAAUGCGACGCUGGUGCUGGAGCCCGCGGGCCGCAGCUGCUGGGACGAGCCGCUGGGCAUCUCCGUGCGCGGCCUGGCCCCCGGGCAGCCCGUCACGCUGCGCGCGGCCCUGCGCGACGAGAAGGGCGCGCUCUUCCGCGCCCACGCGCGCUACCGCGCCGAUGCCCACGGCCAGCUGGACCUGGCGCGCGCGCCCGCGCUGGGCGGCAGCUUCGCGGGGCUCGAGCCCAUGGGGCUGCUCUGGGCCAUACAGCCCGAGCGGCCUUUCUGGCGCCUGGUCAAGCGCGACGUGCAGACGCCCUUCGUGCUGGAGCUGGACGUGCUGGACGGACACGAGCCCGACGGCGGGCGGCUGCUGGCCAAGGCGGGGCACGAGCGCCACUUCCUGGCUCCCGGGGUGCGGCGCGUGCCCGUGCGCGAGGGCCGGGUGCGCGCCACGCUCUUCCUGCCCCCAGGUGAGCUGCCCUGACCCUCCCUUUGCUCCAAGAGCCUCUGUGAGUUUAAGUGAAGAAAAAGGCAGCUCCGGAUGGCUUGGA